CAUAUUCCUAGUGUAAAGAUUUUGCAUACGCACGCCAAAUUGUUCCCGACGACUGCGGCCAUUGAUGUGCACCUGUUGAGUACACAAACAUAUAAUAUAGUAUCUCACGCGAAAACUACAUAAUAUGGCCAGCAGACGCGCACAGUCAAUUCGCUGUGGCAAAAUUUUCUAGCUCUUAUAUUUACGUUUUUUUUUAUUUAGUAUUCUGCUAAUACGCACUGUACAGAGUAAUCGUACCAAACUAUUUUUUCCAUAAAAAAGUUAGAAUGAAUUCCUUUUUGGAACUAUGUUUCGUAUUAUUUGUCACUAUUCAGGUUUGCUCAAGCCAGUUUGCACCAACAUUUUUCCAGCCUGCCGGUUACCAGUUUAGCAAUGUUAACUGUAUCCCCAACCAACCUGUCGGCACAAUCUCGGCAUACAGCAACAGUGUGGGUAAUAUUGCAUACACGGCCGAUCCGGGCACCGGAAGCGCCGUAACGGUCAAUUCCUACAGCGGUCAGAUCUCGAUGGGUUCUACUGCCUCUUCCGGCAUCGUGCAGUUCACCUUCCGUGCCACUAACCAGUACGGAUCGAGCACAGUUCCGGUAACCAUCUACUGCACCAACACCGGGACAGGGAUUAAUACGGGCGGCCCCACUUUUCUCCAACCAACAUACACUUUCACAGUGACCAGUUGUUCCACUGGUUACUAUAGUACCAAUGCUAUUAAUGUUGGAGCGGUGUACGCCAACGGAGCCAGUUAUUAUACGUUGUCCGCCGGAAACGGUAACAAUCCGAGUGUUACGUUCAGUAUCAACCCUAGCGGGCUGAUCACGAUGAACGGAUACGCAAGCGCUGGUUAUUACACGCUAACGGUUACGGCGUAUGGAACAAAUGGACUGACAUCCAGCACAACGGUCACAGUGUAUCUUUCUUGCAAUGGAAACACCAACCCAAAUUAUCCAGUUUCGGGAAAUCCAGUAUUUCAGCAGUCCAGCUACUCCUUCGUAAUCUGCUCGCCGUACUUUUACAAAGGUGAAUACUAUUAUUGCAUGAAUGGCCCAGAUGAACUGCAUAUGUGCUGGUCAGUUGCUGAGGGAUUGGGUUUACCUUUGGAUUUCCUGCGCUUUUGCGGCUCAAUUCCCUUUCUUGUCAACGAUAUCGGUCUUACGCUGGCGGAAACGUACUUACUAGCGGCGGUUACCAUUUUUGCUCCAAGUGUUUUGUCGAAUGUGAGCAAUAAAGCUUUGGUGGCUGCUCAUUACGACUUCUAUAUGGACGCGCUGUUUUAUCAGCUUGGAAAUCGCCUAAGCAUCGCGGAUCGUGCCAUUACCAGUGUGAAACUGGAGAAAGUGAUACAAAUGUUUCCCCUCAUCGAUAAAAUCUCCAUGGGAUAUUUUCAAAAUCUUGAUCUGUCCCAUGUUCCGGUGCGAUCGCGGGAGGUCAUCAUCGAGAAUUUAAACUUUGCUGGAGAUUUGUAUAGAAUCGCCAAAAUGCUUUGCACAAGAUUUACUGCCAUAACAGCGUUCCUUUCCAUCGUCCGAUUUACCCUAAUAUUUUCACAUGAAGUUCGCCGAAUAGCAAAACGGCAGAUUUUUCCAUAUCCAUAUGGAAUUACGUAUCCAUACAGCACCAGCAUCUUGCCCUAUGGAGCCGGUACAUUCUCCCAACCGGCAUACACAUUCACGCUCGUUACCUGCACUCCCGGCAGUAUUGUCGGUACGGUGUACGCUACCGGCGCCACCGGAUACUCGAUCACCAGCGGCAGUCUCGGCAUGUUCUCCGUUUCCCAAUCGGGACAGAUCACCGUCGGUCCGUCCCAGCUUGCUAGCGGAACCUACCAAAUUAACAUCUCCACAUACGGCUCCACAUUGGCCACCACGGCAGUGACGAUAUUUGCCACGUGCACUGGAUAUAAUUACGGCAUAGCCGGAAAUACUGUCAAUACUGUCUACAAUUAUGGUACCGGCGCGCCUGUGUUCUAUCAACCGUUGUAUAGUUUCACGUUAACAACGUGUACUCAAGGACAAACGUUAGUCGGCAAUGUUGGCGCAUCGAAUGCGGUGUCAUAUUCUAUACAGAACGGAAAUGGACAAUUUACGGUGGAUAACCUGGGUAAUCUGUACACAUCCGGAAUGACCGCGUAUAAUCCUGGAAUGGUUACAUUUAAUGUCGUUGCUACUGGAAGUUCUGGGACCCAAGCAGUUGCCCCUGUCAGUGUUAACGUUAAUUGUUUGAAUGCUCUUCUGUAUGGAUAAAUAUGUGCCUAAUAAUUAUGUGUGUCAAUCUACUGAGUAGAUGCCGUGUGAAAGCGAAAA